CAGAAAUUUUUAUUCGUGAUUUCCGCAUACAAUGACGUUCGGCUACAAGACUGCACGAAUUUUCGGCCAUUGCAUGCGUGUUUCAACAUUCAAAUUAUUCUCGUAUUGGUAAUAUUUUUAGUCCUUAAUAUCACAUUAGCUAUGAUCGGUUUCAUUAAAUUGCAUUGCAUCAUAAUUUCACAAGAAAAAAUAUGAACUAUUUUUUAUCGGAUUACUUGAGCACCGGUCAGUAAUUAAUUAUCGGUCACUACUUAUUUUCAGUCACUACUUAACUUCAGUCACUACUUAGCGUCGGUCACUACUUUAGCUUCGCUCACUACUUAGCAUCCGUCACUACUUGAGCAUAGGUCACUAAUUAAUCAUUUAUCACCACUUAUCUUCGGUCCCUCUUAGCAUCCGUCACUUCUUAGCAUCCGUCACUUCUUAGCAUCCGUCACUUCUUAGCAUCCGUCACUUCUUAGCAUCCGUCUCUAUUUCAGCAUCGGUCACUACUUACCAUCGGUCACUACGUAGCAUCGGUCACCACUCAAACAUAAGGCAUCACAAGUGCAGAAGUAGUUGAGUUUUCACCAUCACAAUGACGUCACGGAGACAUUGUUUCUUCCUGGGCCUAUACUUUGUGGCAUCGCUGGUGCAGACCGCCCCCGCCUACGAGGAGACCGAGAACACCUGCGUUGUGGCGACCAUCCCCAUCCACCUCGUCCGAGGGCUGUCGGCGGCCGCAGCUAAGCUGCAGAAGCUCCUCCCCCCUCCCCCACCCCUCGACAUCUCGGGGUUGACCGCUGGUCUAGUGGAACUGUCAACUAAAGUCGAGAACUUUAGCCUGGAGGUUGUGGCGGCUUUUGAGGCAUCAGGGGCCGAGAGCCAUGAGGCUGGAGAAGAAAUUUUCAAUAUUUCGAAAAAUGGCUUCGCGGAAAUUGCUUCGGCAAUUCUUGAAGAAAAUGAAAAAACGAGAGCUUCUCUGGAAUCCCUGGCAGCCAUCGACAACGACCGAAGAGAACUGCAGAACAACACUGGAACUCUGGAAAUUGAGAACGCCAGAUUGAUGAAUGAAAUACUGGAUUUGGUCAAUAAUGAAACCGUCGUAGAGGAGGAGAGCCAUGCAGAUGAGCAGAUAAUUUCUGCCAUGAGAGAAAUUAUCGCGGCGCAAGACGAACAGCAUGAGAAGUUGAGGCGUGUUUUGGACAAUAUUGACGCGAACCAACAGGAAAAACUGCAGAAAGAUAUCAUCAAGAAAAUGUUGCAAGAUGUUGAAAAGGAUAUCGAAUCUUUGGAAGCUAAGAGGAAGCUUCUUGUGCAUGAGAAUGAGAGCAUCAAAAAUGUUUCGCAAUUAAGAGUAACGACUUAUCAUUCAAGGCCCAGGGACUGCUGGGACAUCUACAGGCGAGGGGAACGAGAGUCACGGGUGUAUACAAUCUACCCUGACAGAUGUGGUUCUUAUGGCGUCACCGACACCGUCGGCGUCAAUGUUUUCUGUGACAUGAACCUUGUGGAGUUCGGGGGAGGCUGGACCGUAAUUCUUAACCGGGACAGAAAGAUCAAAGUUAACAGAAAACACAAUGGAUUUUCCUCCAUGGAUGAAACCGCAAUCGAAGGCAACGACCAUCCAGUAAACUUGUCUGCCUUCUUUGACGUUCCUCUAGAAAGCGAGGGCAUUGAGGUAGAACGUGAAACUGAUAAUAGUUUAUUUUGGAAUAGAGUCAGUAAUGAAGCUGUCAACAUUUCGGAAGGAUCUGAAUCCCAACUAAAAAAUUCUGGUCCGACCUGGGAGAACUUCACACGACCCUGGGCUGAAUAUGAAUCAGGAUUCGGAUAUUUAAAUGGCGAAUACUUUUUAGGUUUGAAACACGUUCACGACAUGACGACCAGCCGCCGCUACUCGCUGCUGCUUCUCGCUGAGGGUAAAGCCGGCAUAGCCAUGUGGGGCCAGUGGGACAUGUUCAGGGUUGAAGGCCCCAACCACAUGUAUGAGUUGCAGAUAGGACAUUACAUACAGCGCAGUUCGCUGCCAGACGUACUCUCGUCGCAUCACCGGCAGCGCUUCUCUACGUACGACAACGACAACGACGCCUCGUACGACCGGAGCUGUGCUGAGCUGUACGGUGGCGGGUGGUGGUACGGCCGCUGCUACGACGCUCACCCCACGGGGGCGUGGGGGGACGGCGACCCCACGCCGCGGGGGGUCGGGGUGUACGGGCCAGCUCCCACCCAAACUCCUUCACUUGGCAGGCUCCCACACAAACUCCUUCACUUGACAAGCUCCCACACAAAUUCCUUCACUUGGCAGGCUCCCACCCAAACUCCUUCACUUGACAGGCUCCCACCCAAACUCCUUCACUUGACAGGCUUCCACCCAAACUCCUUCACUUGA